AUGUCCCUUUUGAGUUGCCCAGUGAGUGUGCGAUGGAAGCAGCCGAAACAGGAUUUCUGUCGGAAUCCCUACAACGUGACUGGGCUUUGCAACAAGGCGGCGUGUCCUUUGGCAAACAGCCAGUAUGCCACCAUUCUGGAAGACGAGGGCGUGAACUACCUCUACAUGAAGACGGCCAACUUCCAAGGUGGAGAGAGCUCACUCACCCAAGAAUUUGUGGGAGAGAGUCAAGCUCUCCAGGAGGUCGUUCAAGGCCGUCUACUUCGAUCGGAGAUUCGCAUGACGAGCAUUGAUAAGGACAGUUUCUCCCUCAGCGCCCUCGGCCACCAAGCGCAAAGCCAGCGCUUGUCUGCACCUCACCACUCCAUCUCGUGCGUCAGCCGAGAUGCACGGCAGAAUGUGUUCAUUACGGAGCACCAUAUCAAGCCAAACCGCUUGGGGCGAGAGUCACCAAAAGUGGACACGGUGAACUUGCCGUCCACACUAGAUACGAAUCUGGCAACGACGACUGGCCUCGGAUAUGGGGGCAGGUCGGAUUUCACGGCUCAGAAGGUGGAUCCGGAAAGCAUCCCCACCAACGAUGCUAUGAACCUUCUGCCGGACGGUCAGCAGUUCAAGUACAAGCGGGAGCCGAAGAUUGUCAUUGGCACGGAGCCCCGCUUCAGCUUGAAGGAGUCCACCCUUCUGAAGACCCACAAGGCCGCCUUCUUCGGCAGAUCCUCGCCGGGACCCGCCGCAGUGGGCGAUCAGUUUGGUCCAAAGUUCGAGGCCACGAAGCCAAAAAUGGCGGCGGCGUUUCCAUUCGCCCACAAGACCAAGCUUGUUUGGCCAGGGGUCUACAACAACCCACCCGAGGUUGGACCCGGAACCUUCGAGCGAAAGGAUUCCUCGAUUGGCCCUCAGCAUCUGAGCCGGCGUCGCAACCAUUCUACGUACUCUUUCUCCAAGCAGCCGAAGUUUGGCCGAGAAGCCAAGCCUGAUGAUGUCAUCUCGAAAUACGACGCAGCGCGCAGCUGCUUCGGCAAGCAGGUGCUGCACAAGAACAGGAGCGCGCCCAGCGUGGGUUUCAAUCACGACACGCGUGACAUGCGAUCCAAGACCAAGCUCUGCAUCACGAAGCUCGACGAGGGGCCUCGCGCCAACUUCACAAAGAUGCACAUGCCGAUGCCGCGGCUACCGAUGGAGAAGACAGCAAAGGCAAGAAAAGAAGUUGAGUGGCUGAGUGGCUGCGCGCUUCUGCGUCCCCUUUGGAGGAACUAUCUCCAGGCCCUGGAGCAGAUCAACAAGCACCUGGAGUACUGGCCAGCCGGCAUUAUCAACCGCUGCAAACAGCGGCUGACGAAGAUGCGGCAGAUGCUGAUUAGGAUGCGCAAGCUGGCGCUGAAAGGCGGCAGCAAGUUGGUACCCAUCAAGAAGAAGACCGAACGGCGUGAAGCGACCCGGGAGCUCAAGGCCGAGACCGCCGCGAAAGUGGACCUGGCCAUCGAGCGGGAGCUCCUGGAACGCCUGAAGCAGGGCACCUACGGUGAUAUCUACAACUUUCCCAAGAAGCAGUUCGACAGUAUCAUGGAGAAGGACGGAGAAGCGGAGAAGGAGGCACAGGAGGGUGACGAGAGCGACAUGGAGUUUGUGGAGGAUUUCGGAGAAGACGACGAGGAGGAGUGGGAGGACCUUGAUAACAAGGUAGAAGAAGUCGAGCUUGAGGAUGAUGUGGGCAUGGCUGACAUGGAGGAUGUUGCACUGCCAGCACGGAAGAAGAGGCGGGCGAGAGGGCCUCGGGUGGAGUUGGAGUACGAGGAGGAGAUGGACGCAAGGUAG